AUGACUCUAUCUGUUCCUAUAAUGGUGCAUAAGAAUAAGGAAGAGAAACUCAUUUGUAGCGUUACAGAGCGAAGAACAUUAUUUCUAGCCAUUACGUCAAUUGCAUUCUUUUAG